UGGUGAACACUGCCUGCUGUUUUCUGAUGUUGGUUGCUAAGCUAAUCCAGUGUAUGGUGUUUGGUCCUCUUCGUGUCAGCGAGAGGCAGCAUCUCAAGGAUAAAUUCUGGAAUUUCAUUUUCUACAAGUUCAUCUUCAUUUUCGGUGUGCUGAAUGUUCAGACAGUGGAAGAAGUGGUGAUGUGGUGCCUCUGGUUCUCUGGACUCGUGUUUCUUCAUCUUAUGGUUCAGCUCUGCAAGGAUCGUUUUGAAUAUCUUUCCUUUUCCCCUACAACACCCAUGAGCAGCCACAUCAGAGUCCUGACGCUGCUCGUAGCCAUGCUCCUGUCCUGCUGUGGAUUAGCAGUCGUCUGUGGCGUUAUUGGCUACACCCAUGGCAUGCACACCUUGGCUUUCAUGGCAGCAGAGUCUCUGCUUGUGACAGUCAGAACCGCGCAUGUGAUUUUACGAUACGUCAUUCAUCUGUGGGAUCUCAACCAUGAAGGAACGUGGGAGGGCAAAGGCACUUACGUCUACUACACGGAUUUUGUCAUGGAGCUGACCUUGCUUUCACUGGACUUGAUGCAUCAUAUUCAUAUGCUGCUGUUUGGCAAUAUCUGGUUGUCGAUGGCGAGCCUGGUGAUCUUUAUGCAGCUGCGCUACCUGUUUCACGAGGUUCAACGAAGAAUUCGGCGGCACAAGAACUACCUGCGUGUGGUCGGAAACAUGGAAGCUAGGUUUGCCGUUGCAACACCAGAGGAGCUGGCAGUCAAUAACGACGACUGUGCCAUUUGCUGGGACUCCAUGCAAUCCGCGCGUAAGCUCCCUUGCGGCCAUCUCUUCCACAACUCAUGCCUGCGGUCCUGGCUGGAACAAGACACAUCUUGCCCCACCUGCAGAAUGUCUCUCAAUAUCACUGACAGCCAUCAUGUGAGGGAGGAUCACCAAAGGGAAAAUCUGGAGGAGAACCUGGUCCCCGUGGCAGUAGCAGAAGGCAGACCACGCUUGAACCAGCACAAUCACUUCUUCCACUUCGAUGGCUCUCGAAUUGCCAGCUGGCUGCCUAGUUUUUCCGUAGAAGUGAUGCAUACCACAAACAUCCUGGGUAUCGCACAAGCCAGCAACUCCCAGCUGAAUGCCAUGGCCCAUCAGAUUCAGGAGAUGUUCCCUCAGGUUCCAUAUCAUUUAGUUCUACAGGAUCUGCAGCUAACCCGUUCUGUCGAGAUCACCACUGACAACAUCCUCGAAGGGCGCAUCCAGGUACCUUUCCCCACACAGCGAGCAGACAGCGUUAGACCUGCGUUGAACAGUUCUGUGGAACGGCACGGUACCGAUCAGGAGGAUACUGAAACUGUCACCCAGACUGAGAGAGUGCCACUUGAACUCAACUCAAGACUGGAAGAAAUGGUGGAAUUCAGCGAAAUGGAAGCAGAGCCUAGCGAAGCAGAAGAUUUUGAGGUCAGGGGAAGUCGCUUUUCAAAGUCAGCUGAUGAAAGGCAGCGUAUGUUGGUUCAGCGGAAGGAGGACUUGUUGCAGCAAGCUCGAAAGUACGUUCCUUCCUAA